GAGAGGAGCCGGCAGAGCGACGCCAGGUCACCCCGAGGAGCACACUGCCAGGUUGGGGGUGCAGGGCUGCAGCGCUCCCCAACCCAAGGUGAGCUCCGGCUACGGGAGGUGACACCAGCCGUCGCCAUGGGAGGAGGACAAGGAUGGCUGGCCAGCGGUACGGGGCUGGGACCCCGGUGAUGCCAUAAGGAGCGCAGCUGGUAGGGAGGAUUCGGAAAAGACGGCAUUUGCGGGGAGCUGCGCAGGACGAGCUUAUUCCAUGUCGGAGCAGCAUCGGCACCCCCGCCCCUUACCACCCGCUCCCCCUGCGCCCCGGCCAGCCCAGGAGAGGAGAGGGACGGCUCGCCGAGAGCAGCUUAAGCAAAGGAAAAGGUGACCAGGAUGCUGCACAAUGGGAAGCGCUGGAGGUCUAUGUGCAAGGGGCUCGUCCUGGGGACCCUCCUGACCAGCUUCAUGCUGCUGCUCUACUCCUACGCCGUCCCCCCGCUGCAAGUCAGCAUGACAGAGAUCCCCGUUCCCUCCUCCUGCUCCUCCUACCCAACCCCUGGCAAGGCGCUGGCAGCAGCCAACGGCACGGACAGCCCUUCGGGACGGAGCUGCCUGCCCAAGCUGAACAUCAUGUUCAUGAAGACGCACAAGACGGCCAGCAGCACCAUCCUCAACAUCCUCUUCCGCUUCGGGGAGAAGCACCGCUUGAAAUUUGCGUUCCCCAAUGGCCGCAAUGACUUCUACUACCCCUCCUACUUCGAGCGCAGCCAGGUGCAGAGCUACCGGCCGGGCACCUGCUUCAACAUCAUCUGCAACCACAUGCGCUUCCACUACGAGGAGGUGCGCAAGCUCCUGCCGGCGGACACCACCUUCGUGACGGUGCUGCGGGACCCUGCCUACCUCUUCGAGUCCUCUUUCCACUAUUUUGGGCGCGUCAUCCCCCUCACCUGGAAGCUGACGGGGGAGGACAAGCUGGCAGAGUUCCUCCGGGACCCCUGGCACUACUACGACCCCAACGGGUUCAACGCUCACUACCUCCAAAACCUCCUCUUCUUUGACUUGGGCUACGACAACAACAUGAACGCCAACAGCCCGCUGGUGGAGGAGCACAUCCAGGAGAUAGAUCGCCGUUUCCACCUCGUCAUGUUGCUCGAGUACUUUGACGAGUCCCUGGUGCUGCUGAAGGACCUGCUGUGCUGGCAGCUGGAGGAUGUCCUCUACUUCAAGCUCAACGCCCGGAAGGGCUCCACUGUCUCCCGGCUGACACCUGAGCUGUAUGAGAAGGCCACCUCCUGGAACCUCAUCGACGCCAAGCUCUACCGCUAUUUUAAUGCCACCUUCUGGCGUAAAGUGGAGGCCUACGGGAGGGAGCGGAUGGCCAAGGAUGUGGCGGAGCUGCAGCGGGAGAAUGAGAAGAUGAAGAGUAUCUGCAUCGACGGGGGACACCCCGUGGACGCCAGCGCCAUCCAAGAGUCUUCCAUGCAACCCUGGCAGCCACUGGGGGAGAAGUCCAUCCUAGGCUACAACUUGAAGAAGAAGAUCAACAAGAAGCACCAGAAGCUGUGCCGCAAGAUGCUGACGCCCGAAAUCCAGUACCUGACCGACCUGGGGGUCAACCUCUGGAUCACCAAGCUGUGGAGCCGCGUGCGGGACUUCCUGAAGUGGUAGGGGACAGUGGGUGCCCCGUUUCCCCCGGGGAAGAACCAGGUGCUUUCCUUUUUCUUACUUCAUGGUGUCUUUUGUUGGACGUGAGCAGAACCGGCCGGAGGCUCCGGCACCCAGGAAUGCUGGAGGACUCUCCGUCACCAUCAUGCCGAGCCUCCACUUGGGCAGGAGCCUGCGGGGACGCCGCUGUCACCCACCGGCAGGGAGAGCGGAGCCUCUGCCUCCCCCCCUGCCUCCGAAGGGUCAAGGAUUGGUGGUUUGGGGGUGGGUUUUUUCCAGCAGGAUCCACUUCUUCCUUCCCCACGGAAAGGCCAGAGGACACGUUCGUGAAGGACAUGGCCUUGUCACAGCGGGAGCGGGACAUCCAUCGCCACGUGGCUGGAGGCAAGGGCAGUGCAGGUGGGGACGUGCCCGGCUGGUGGUGGCAGGGAGUUCUCCUUGCCCGGGGUGAACAGGGGGGACCCGAACCCCGAGGAGCUCCUCGAAUGACCCCUUUUCCCUCCAGCCCUGGUUCUGGGGCUGCGGGUCGGAGCCUGCUGCACCACUCCAGCGGAUUCCAGCCUGUGGGUGUGAUGAGUGCAGCACAUUCUCAGCCCACCCACAGCCGUCGGUCCGUGGCAGGCUGCCACCCGGAGCUACUCGGAGCCAUGUGAAGAGUGGAAAACCCACCCCCAAAACCCCGACGUUCAUCAACAGGCUCAUGGUCCCCAUGGGCAAAGGGUCUCCAUGCAGCAGGUCCCCUCCCGGCCCCGCAUUGUCCCGGUUAGAGGGCCCCAGGGCCCCAGUCCCUACUGGGUACAUCCCAGGAGGCCCACGGGGUCUGGUGAGAACUGGCGUGGGGAGAAAGUGGGGAGCGGGGUCCGGUGGCCGCCAUCCCGGUGAUGCCAUCCCCCAGGCACGGGGGGGAUGCCAAGGACGAGGUCUGUGUCCCCCCUGCCAUGGCGGGGACAGCCCUCAGGCGUCCCGGCCGGGCUGGAUGACACCCGUCCUGCCGAGAGCGGCCCUGGCCGGGCACAGAGGUGGCCCCACGGCCGAGCCUCCCCUGCGGCAGAGGGACCCCCCACCGGCCCCCCCAGCCCGUGUUCUGCUCCCUUUGUAAAGACCAGAAAUAAAAAAAAAGCAAUUCUACUUUUGUAAAACAACCGUACAUUUGGCAG